AUGUGGCCGUUGCACUGCCUCGCCCUACUGCUCUGUGUGGUGGCUCUGUGUAUCCAGAUAGUGGACUGUGGCAACCAAAGCUCAAGAGGAGAGACAGGGUCAUCACAGGAAAGGACAGGGACUUGUGAAGUGGUUGCAGCUCAUCGAUGCUGCAACAAGAACAAGAUUGAAGAACGCUCUCAAACAGUCAAGUGCUCUUGCUUCCCAGGACAGGUGGCUGGCACAACAAGGGCCUUACCCUCUUGUGUGGAAGCGUCCAUUGUCCGUCAGAAGUGGUGGUGUAAAAUGGAGCCGUGUCUGGAGGGGGAGGAGUGCAGAGUUCUCCCUGACCUCACCGGCUGGUCAUGCAUCUCCGGGAACAAAGUCAAGACCACCAAGGUGGCCCGAUAG